GUUUUUGCUGUGCCCAUGUGGCUGAAGUGAGGUUUUCCACAAGCUGAUGACACUAUGAAUACCUAAUAGGUGUAACUAUGGUAGAUGACAAAAGUAUACACAGAACAUGUUGCCUGCUCUUGAGAGGCUUACAGUUUAAUAGAAUAAUUCAAUUCAUUAAAUAUUUGCUGAACUCAUAUGCUGUAUCCUAGAGCUACGAAGCCUUCAAGAGAACUUCUUAUUUGGUAGAAAAGCCAUGUAAAAAUAAUUACAGAACACUGUGGUAAGUGCAGUUAUAGAGGUUUGUACUGGAGCAAGAUUCAUUCAACAUACAUAUAGAGCAUCUAUCAUAUAACAGAUAUUGUUCUACAUAGUGAGUUUGUAGUGCAGAAUCAAAGUGAGAUAGUUUUUGUCCUUGCGAUGCUUGUAGUCUAGUAGGGCAGACAGACAUUAAAUAAAUAUUUAAUGUCAAUUUGUGAUAAAUGACAAAAGUAAAAACAAAGUGCUAUGAGAGAAUUUUAGGGGCAGAAGGUAAACUUACAUUGAAUGUAACAGAAUCAGGGAGUAGGGGAUAUUUAUAUGUUGAGACCUGGAAAAUGAGUAUAGAUCUCUUCCUGCUACUCACGUAAGGGGAUUAGGAAAGACGUUGGCUAGUUAGAGCUGAAAGGCCAGUGUGGCAAAGAGUGGUGAACUAGGGAGAGGUUGAGACAGGGUUGGAAAAGACAGGAGCCAAGAUUAUGCAGGACCUUCAUGGCAUUGGUAGAGGUUUUAGAUUGAAUUCUAAAUACUUCGGGUGCCUGGCGCAGUGGCACACACCUGUAGUUCAGCUACUUAGGAGACUGAGGCAGUAGGAUCACUUGAGCCCAAGAGUUCAAUGCUGUAGUGUUCGUGAUCCCACUUGUGAAUAGCCGCUGCACUCCAGCCUGGGCAACAUAGUGAGACCUCACCCCUGUAAAAAUAAUACAUACUGUGGGAAACCAGUGGAGGGUUUUACAUACGUAAGAGACCACUGUGGAGUGAUCUUUCAGGAGAAAGAAAAGAGACAAAAACAGACGAGACUGCUUUAGAAGGCUCUUGCUGUGGUUUAAGGGUGAAACAAUUAUGAGUUGACCUUCAGCAGUACCAAGAAAGAUAAAGGAAAGUGGGAAGAACUGAGAAAGAAUGAAGAAAAUUUGGAAAUAUGGUUGGAAGGAUGAGGCUUUAAGAGAAAGAUGACACCCAGUUUCCUGGCUUGUGCAACUGAGUAGGUGGAUGUGCCACUUACAGAGAUGGGAAGGUUGGGAAGGGGAACAUGUUUGUUGGGGAAGGGGAAGAUCAAGAGUUCAGGGCAGGUUUUACAGAGAAGGUAAUCCUUAAAGUGGGUCAGACAUAAGACGUUGUUGUAAAAAGGUAAAUGCCAGAUCAAGAUGAGUAAUACAGAUAGAAGGUGCCCUGCGCUAAGCAGAAGAGAUCAGCAGUUAGGAAGGGUAGGGAAGGUUUCUUGGAAGACAUGGGACAUAAACUUGCCUGUGUGGAUUGGAUGGUACUUGGAUUAGUGCAGGAAAAAUAUUCCAAGUAUAGAAAUCAUAUAAAUAAAAAUAUCAAGAUAGAUUGUGUCUUGUGAGUUAAUGCAUAAGAAUGAAGUAGACUUGAGAAGGUUGAAUUAGAAAUGAGAUGGAGAAAUAGGAGUCAGAUUUAUUAGGCUUUCUAACAUAGAAGUUGGCAUUUUAGAAUAGUUAAUCUGGUAUUUAUGUGUUGAAUUAAUUGAAAUCAAGUAGAUUGAUUUUUAAUUUUGUGUUUUAUGUGUUGGUGUCAGAAUAGAAAUAAGGACUUGGAUUGGACUUAAAAAUCCAAUGGGAAUAGAAAAAAAAAUCAACAGGCCACAAGUAACUUUAUUGGGUUGGGGAAGGAAAAAGCAUAGUUAAUAUUCAAGAACUUAAAACUUGAUAACUGGGAAGAUGAUUUUGUCAGAAGUAAAAAAGUGGGGAAUGGGGCCGAUAGGGGUUGGAAUCAGACGUUUUGAAUUUUAAAUAUGUUAAAGAGGAAUUUCCCGUGGGGUGAAGUGUCUCAUGAAGAACAUCGAAUCAGAGCAGACAGAGCAUAUCUGUGACUUCACUGUUCAGGUUUCCUUUUUUAAAAAAACGUUGAGCAAAAAGGAAUCAGAUUCUGCAUAAACCCUCAGAUUGAGAGAUAACACUACUCAAUAGCUCUGACAAAACAGAAAAACUGAUUGUUCUUGAUCCUUUAUUGUGUGUAUCUUGUAGUACUUUUUUUCCCCUUAAUUUUAUUAUCCUGCCAACAUAAUGUUAAGUGAAUUUUCCAUACUUUAAAGAUAAUUCUUUUUAUUACUUUUAUGAGAUUGUGCUAUUUGUUCUUUUUUUCUUCAUGAGUCUUGCCUCCUUGCUCUGUCCCUCCAACUUCCUACACCUCGUAAAGUCUCUUUCAAGCAAGUCUGGUGGAAAGACGCUUUCACUUUGAAAGUCUGAUGAAUACUAUUAUCCAGUCAAAAACUUUGGCUUUUGGUCAUGCAUUCUUUUGAUGUCCAGAUCUUUUGAGAUUGUGCAACCUGUAGACUAUUUGCUGACCAGAUGGAUGACUGUCCUUAAAUGUUUAGUCAUGUUCUGUUUGGCUGCCCUGUUUUAGAGAAAAGUGCUUGGAGGGUGGAGACUUUCUCCUAUGAAGAGCUGAUGCAUUGGCUACUUUCAAUUUCUUUGUCUUAGCAUCUUCUUGCUACCUCCCACAGGGAUCCUUAUGGCUUUGGAGACAGUCGAGAUUCAAGGCGUGAUCGAUCCCCAAUUCGGGGAAGUCCAAGGAGAGAGCCCAGGGAUGGCAGAAAUGGCCGGGAUGCCCGGGAUAGCAGAGACAUUCGAGACCCCCGAGACUUGCGGGACCACAGACAUGAGAGACUCCCGAGAUCCUGUGUACAGGAGAGAAGGCUCUUACGACCGAUACCUGCGAAUGGAUGACUAUUGCAGGAGAAAGGAUGACUCUUAUUUUGACCGUUACAGAGAUAGCUUUGAUGGACGAGGCCCUCCAGGCCCAGAAAGUCAGUCUCGUGCAAAAGAGCGUUUGAAACGUGAGGAGCGGCGUAGAGAAGAGCUUUAUCGUCAGUAUUUUGAGGAAAUUCAGAGACGCUUUGAUGCCGAAAGGCCCGUCGAUUGUUCUGUGAUUGUGGUCAACAAACAGACAAAAGACUAUGCUGAGUCUGUGGGGCGGAAGGUGCGAGACCUGGGCAUGGUAGUGGACUUGAUCUUCCUCAACACAGAGGUGUCAUUGUCACAAGCCUUGGAGGAUGUUAGCAGGGGAGGUUCUCCUUUUGCUAUUGUCAUCACCCAGCAACACCAGAUUCACCGCUCCUGCACGGUCAACAUCAUGUUUGGAACCCCACAAGAGCAUCGCAACAUGCCCCAGGCAGAUGCCAUGGUGCUGGUGGCCAGAAAUUAUGAACGUUACAAGAAUGAGUGCCGGGAGAAGGAACGUGAGGAGAUUGCCAGACAGGCAGCCAAGAUGGCCGAUGAAGCCAUCCUGCAGGAAAGAGAGAGAGGAGGCCCUGAGGAGGGAGUGCGUGGGGGCCACCCUCCAGCCAUCCAGAGCCUCAUCAACCUGCUGGCAGACAACAGGUACCUCACUGCCGAAGAGACUGACAAGAUCAUCAACUACCUUCGAGAGCGGAAGGAGCGGCUGAUGAGGAGCAGCACCGACUCUCUGCCUGGUGAGCUACGUGGCAGGGCCGAGGCCCGAUUUCCCGCCAACCACUCGGGGCGACCUCGGGUGCCUCGCUGAAGACACAGCCAAGCUCCCAACCGCUCCAGAGCGGCCAAGUGCUCCCCUCUGCUACACCCACUCCAUCUGCACCCCCCACCUCCCAGCAAGAGCUUCAGGCCAAAAUCCUCAGCCUCUUCAAUAGUGGUACAGUGGCGGCCAAUAGCAGCUCUACAUCUCCCUCAGUUGCUGCCGGAAACACCCCGAACCAGAAUUUUUCCACAGCAGCAAACAGCCAGCCUCCACAAAGAUCACAGGCCUCUGGCAAUCAGCCUCCAAGCAUUUUGGGACAGGGAGGAUCUGCUCAGAACAUGGGCCCCAGACCUGGGGCUCCUUCCCAAGGGCUUUUUGGCCAACCUUCCAGUCGCCUGGCACCUGCCAGCAACAUGGCUAGCCAGAGGCCUGUGCCUUCCACAGGUAUCAACUUUGACAAUCCAAGUGUACAGAAGGCUCUGGAUACCCUGAUCCAGAGUGGCCCUGCUCUCUCCCACCUGGUUAGCCAGACCACAGCACAGAUGGGGCAGCCACAGGCCCCCAUGGGAUCUUACCAGAGGCAUUACUGAGGCUAAAUCAACUGUCCCCAGUCCCCUCAUCCCCUGGCCUCCUCCCACUUACUGCGUUCUAAAGAGUUGUUUGGAGGAUAUUGGCGAUCUCCAGGUCUACAUCGAGUGUCAUCAGUUUCUACCACCUGCUCUCUCUCCUGCCCAAGGCUGUGUUGCAUAUUCCUUACCAAGUUUAUGCUGCAUUUGGGGCUGUAUUCUGUUUUGUUUUUUGGAUUUUUGUAGAAAAUAAGUAUCUCCGGAGUCACUUGGGCAGUACAGGUGUCUGGGCUUAUAUCUGAUGGGGUUUCUCCAGUCCCUCUGUCUACUGGAUUUGGAGCCAGGCCCAGCUGGCCACGUUUGGAAUGGCAUUUGUCAAGUCAGUAGCCACCACCUUUGUUCAUUGUGAACCUACCAAGGCUUUGAAGCUUCAAACACGUCGACCAGAGCUCAAGUUCCUGCCUGCAACUUCUGUCUAGAGUUAAAGAAAAGUCGACUGGCCUGGCAGGCACGGUAUCGUCGUACCCCAAUCCCACAUGUUUGGGAUCUGCUGGAGGAUUCAUAAAUCAGCUACUCUGGAUUGUUGAGGAAUGGCCAUGGCAGCCACAGAAGAAUUUUUCUGUCUGAGCCAAGGUUGUUUUUUUGUUUUUUUCUCUUUUAUUUUUUGCUUUCAUUUCAUUGGAAGAUCUCCAAUGGACUGAACAGCUCCAGUCAGCAGCAGUUUAAUACAAACUGUGAAUCUGGGCCCCACCACUCUUCCCCCUUAGCAGUUCUGUCAGCAUCCCCCUCCAGCGGCACUUCCAUGGAGUCAGUUCUGAGACUCUGGCCAUGAACACUCAUUUCUUCAGUGAUUUGUUUUGAGCUUUUGGCUCAAAAUCCCAGGCUCUUAUUUUUGUCUAGACUCUUGUUCUGUUUCCUGAGCAGUAGGAGGUAGGGACCACUUUGAUGUCAGACUUCUGGUAGCUGGACAUGUUCUUGAGAUAGGUGGCUGUUCAUGACUUUUGUACCAGAGUGAAACUGUUAGAGGGAGGGCUUCUGGCUGUGGUUCCAAGUUGAGCCCCAGGAAGCUGCCCUCUCCCCAGGGAUUGUGCUCAGUAGAUCCCUGCGGACCACAGUCUCGAGAUCAUCUAGCAGGGGAGAGGGAGAGCAGUGACUUCAGCCGAGUCCCUGACAGUGGCAGAGGAAACAAUGGUUUCAAAAUUCAAGGUCCCCAAAUGGCAGCAUUUUAUGUUCUGACCUGUUUGUGUUAUAUAGUGUUUUUCCCCCCUUUGGAACUCUUGUGUUGUUAAUAAAAUGAAAUGAUUACUUUUUGAUUAAAAUGAAAAAAGUAAAA